AUGCGCACGAUGCAUAAGCCAUUUCCAGCUUUGAGAUAUAGACUUAUCAGUUGCGUACUCAACCCAUACAUUCUACUGCCGCAUGCUUUGUUUCUCAUCACCAUCUGGCUAAUGGUUUCUAUUCAGAACGCUAACCGCGAUGCAUCUACUGGAACAAGCACUUUCACAACAAUUGCAACUGCCACGUCUACGCCGAGUCGUCAAACAUUAACCAUUACUAGCAAUGUCACAGCAAGUGGCACGAGCAGACACUCACCAUCUGCAACUGAUGUCGAGCCACAAAUUAGAAAUUAUCUGGCUGCGAAGGCUAGCGAUGCCGCCCAAGUGCUGAAUGGAGAGCUUCAAGGUUAUGUUUCGAACAUCAAUUCAAAACUCACGAAUUGGGACACCUCAAUCAAGACGCAGCUUUCGAUAUGGGAGCAGCAUUAUAUGUCCUUGCAGCAGUAUAACCAAAGCAUCUAUUCGAAUUUAGAAAGUCAAUCCAACGAGCUUGAUUCUACUGUUCAGUAUCUCACUUCCAAUGGAUUGUUGGUAUCAACAGGUUCUUUACCCAAUUCCCUCCAAGGGCUUCAACUCAACGUCACUUUUCUUGAGAGCAUUUUCUCUAACGUCUCUUCCAGCUUGGAUGAGAUUAAAAACAAACACACAUUUUACCCCAGAAACGUAAGCUUGACACCGAUCUCGUUUGAUGAAGUUCAUGGCUGGAUUUCAAACGAUACGGCAAUCGAAAGCUCUUUUCGAUCGCUGGUCAACAGCCUUCAAACAGCUAUCCCCAAGACAUCGUCAAAAUCGGUGAGAAAACGACGGGAUCUCGAAAAUGUAGCGAAUACGAAUUAUCGACAGAAAGGAAUCAAACUAAGCGCAUUGUUUUGUGUAACGUUUGUUGUCUGCGCGACUUUGAUGAUGUGUGUGGAAAACUUGAUUUUUCGAAUAGAGAUGUCCCGUCUUCGUUUGACGUCCGAACAGCUUCUCGCUCAAAGCUGGGAGAAGAUUAAUUUCGAUAAUACGAUAUACCGGCUUCAUGUUCAAGGUGACUUCCAGGAUAUUCUGGUUUCGUAUGCUGGUUUCGCCAAAUUUCCGAUAGCAUGUACACUGAGUGACGUGUUAUUGAGCACCGUCAAGCGGUUCAUGUGGCCAUCUUUGCGAAAGAAUAGCACAAUAGGAAAAAUGAACAUAUUCAUCCAUUGGUGGCUGGCUUCGCACGGCUUGGCUGUUUGGAUUUUCGUCGCGACCUUCUUAGUCGAGGGCCAGAUUGUGACCAGUUUUCUCACACAGCCUGAAAUCAACUAUGGGCAACUUCAAAAAAGAAAAGAUAUGACUUUUGAAAUGGUCACCGCCAAUAACGACCAAUUGCUUACGCUAUGCACCGCUUUCGAGAGCGUCGUGAAUACGGAACUCAACAUUGCUGCGCAAAACAGAUUUUGGGGUGUCCGAAACGACAGUGUUGCAGCAGCAUAUGACAAAGUCAUCAAACAAUUGCACCAAACAGAAACAGAUUUCCCACUUAUUACAAUUGCAUCAGAUAACCAACUCGAACGUUCAAGCGUUGAAUUUGCCAACUUUUCGGGUUUCUUGGCCCUUGGGCUCUCGAAAUAUCUUCCCGAAACUACUGACACUGGCUCUAAACUUUUUCACAAACGGGAUUUCCACUCAGAAAAGAAUCCUAAACUGAAAGGAUACUCGGAGGUCCAUGCCAAACUUGUCUGGACCUUGCUGGGACUCCUCAUGAUUCACCAUUCCUGCGGUGUUCUUCUGGCACUGAUAUGGAGUAAAAACCCUGUCAUCGUGUCGUCCCAAGGCUUUUACGAAACCAAAAACUAG